GCUCUGAGACUGAAAUUAAAUUAGGUUCAAAAUAUUCUGGUGGUCAGUGGAUUAAGAGACUCGUUAGUAUAUGGCCCAUGGCACUUCUUGAAAGGCCUUUGGAUGCCAGCUGCAGAGCUAGAUCUGUUUGGGUGGUGCCGCACACACAGAGCGGUGUGAUUUACAGUGAGUUGCACCGGCCUUACUUGCACACGGGCUCUUACUUGGAAAUCAAGCCAGCCUGCCCUGCAUAUUGGUGGGGGAACCUUGUGGUCACGUGACAGACUCUCCAUGCAACCUGGGUACCAAUGACAACUCUAGGGGCCGGCAGGAGGAUUCGGAGCCGGUUUGCCUGGGGGAUUCCAGAAAGGAUGGGGGGGGGGGGCCUGGAUGAGCUGACGAUACACUCUGACAUCCCUGCCGGCUGCAGAUCCCUGUGGGCUGCAAAGGGAGUUGGGGCUAGACAGACAAACAAGGAUUUCUUCCCCCCCCCCCCCCCCGUUCUUUGCGCCUUACACACCCGAUGUAAGUGACCAGGAGAGCCUGCGAGUCCGCACUGCCUGCGGACAAGCCCCCCAAGGCGGGGGCUCAUUCGGCCCCUGGGGGGCAGCAGCCUGGAUGCCGCAUCCCUUGUAGCUGCCCCUCUGCUGGGGUUUUGUUCAAACUCAGCCCGGUGCUUCCUUGGCAGCGGAUUUCUGCCCCAGCCCAGCCCCGCUUGCCUGGCUGAGCUCUGGGAGGACGAAAGGGGGGUGGGGUGGGGGGAGCGGCUCUCCAGCGGAGGGGGAGCGGGCUGCGUCCUCCCCCUCCCCCCCCCUGCUCUGCCUGCGAUGCUCCGGCUCCCGGGCCCUCCUAGCUGGGGAAGGUCCUGAGCCGCUGACGUCUUCCACACAAAGGCAGCGGCAGGAGCAGCAGCCGCCGCCGCCGCGUCCGGCGCUGCCCGCAGUGGCGCGCUGUGCAGGGCGGGGGGCGCUUGGCCAGUGCAGCCGCCCGCCCCCCAGUGCCAACCUGCUGCCCGCUUUGCAAUCUCAGCCUGGCACCAUGGGACCCUGCGGUGGCUUCCAGCUGAAGCUGUUCCUCCUCCUCCUCCUCCCCGCUGGAAAGUCUCUGCUGCAGCAGACAAGCCUGACAUGAAACGGAAAACACACACACACACACACACACGCACACACCCAAACAAGAGGCAGGUGGCAACUUCAAGAACUGGAGUACCGUUUUCAGACUAAACAAGAAAACUUAGCACACAUCAAGCAUGGAGACCAACCAGGAAUCCUCGCUCUUCCUGGUGAAGAUUCUGGAAGAGCUGGAUACCAAGCAAAACACCGUUUCUUAUCAGGAUCUCUGCAAAUCGCUGUGUGCAAGGUUUGAUUUGUCCCAGCUAGCCAAGCUCAGAAGUGUGCUCUUUUACACAGCUUGCUUGGAUCCUAAUUUCCCAGCGACUUUGUUCAAAGACAAAAUGAGAUGCACUGUAAACAAUCAGCAAUCAAAGAAAAUCAUGGUUGCAGCAGAUAUAGUAACAAUAUUCAACCUCAUACAAAUGAAUGGGGGAGUGGCCAAGGAAAAACUCCCUGUUGCACGACAAAAAAUGAGGAAGAAAGAAUCAGUUGAGUCCUGCAGGUCUGACACAGAAAUAUGCAACGUGGUGGAUUGUGUGACUAAUUGUGAGCUGAGAGACAGAGAGUUUAACAGGGGCUACUCAGGUAGAAGGUCUUCCAAAUGCAGGAAGGUGGAUUGUAAAGAUUGUCAACAAUUUGUACCUACUUCAGAACCUAACUUUUUGCUUGGUGUUAAUAAGGAAAUGAAAGGCCGAGCUGCCUCGCUUGAUAGGCUGCAGGCACUAGCAUCCUAUUCCAUUGUUAACUCUCCGCCCUGUGAAAUGCAGAGCACAUACUUCCCAAUGAACAUUGAGAACGAAUCAAUCUCUGACCAGGACUCAUUGCCUAUCAAUGCAGCUAUAAAAGAGACUUUUAUUUCAAAUGAUGAGCCAUUUGUGUUGCAAUCAUGUGUACAGAAAAGGAACAUAUUCAAGGAAGAUUUUCAUAAUCUUAUCACAAUAUCUCCCAAUUUAAUGCUGCCCAAUAAAAAACCAGAAGAUGGACAUGUAGAGCCUCAGAACAGGAAAGAAAUCUCCAAACAGGGUUUCUUCAACCACAGUUUUGAAAUGCCGUACAGCAGCCAGUACUUGAACCCAGUUUAUUCUCCGAUACCAGACAAAAGACGAGUAAAACAUGAAAGCUUAGAUGAUCUCCAAGCUUCUACAUACUUUGGCCCAACCACUAUACUUGGACCCCAAGAUACAAAAAGAUGGGCAGGAAAACCGAUUAAACAAGCUGCAUGGCCAGCAAAAAGCUGGAGCUUAAACACAGAGGAGGUACCUGAUUUUGAAAGAUCCUUUUUCAAUAGGAAGCAAGCUGAAGAGAAGCAGCGAUAUCAGAGUUCAAACAACCAGUCACCAAGUUUUCCUGCAGCAGAUAGGCACCAAACCUAUCUUAAUCCCAAGGAUCAAACACCGAUUAUGCAGGCUAACUAUGCCGUGAAACAAAAUGGACACAAACCCAAGGAAAUUCCCUCCAUCGUAGACAUGGAGAAACACGAGCCAAUCAAAAAGUUUAGGGAUAAAAGCAUUAACUGCACUUCUGUUCAGCUGCUAAGCAUUGACAAAACCACCAGUGUUGGGACACAAACAGAGCAGCAAGGGUUGGAACACAAAAAAUGCAAGGAGUUAUGUGCUCCAAGCCAAACUAAGUAUGGUGAGAGGCACUCUCUAAAGCAAUCAGAUGAUGACUCUGAAAUUGUGAGUGAUGAUAUCAGUGACAUUUUUCGGUUUCUGGACGAUAUGAGCAUCUGUGGAUCUACAGGAGUUAUGCAAUCCUCCUGUUACAACAGCACUGGGUCACUGUCUCAGGUACGUAAAUCUGACUGUGAAAGCUCUCCUGAACACAAUUUAACUAAAAUAACCAAUGGGAAUUCUAGUAACAAGCUAGAUAAAGUGGUCCGGGCAGAUAUCAACAAUACAGAUGAUGAACUAAAAACUAGUGUCUGCAAGUUAGUUCUCAGGAUUGGUGAAAUAGAAAAGAAACUAGAAUCUCUGUCAGGCGUCAGAGAAGAAAUCUCCCAAGUCCUGGGAAAACUAAAUAAGUUGGAUGAAAAAAUUCAGCAGCCAGAGAAGGUCAAUGUACAAAUAGAUCUUAAUUCCCUGACGAGUGAGGUUCAGUCAGAUGAGAGCACCUCUCCACGGGUAUUUCAGUGUCAUAAUGCUUCUCACGGAGGCAAAUUGGAGAAUAACCCUGACUGGUGCUGUUCUGAUGCCAGCGGAAGUAACAGCGAAAGUCUUCGGGUAAAAGCCUUAAAAAAAAGUUUAUUUACCAGGAGGUCCUCACGGUCACUGACUGAGGAGAACAGCGCCACUGAAUCCAAAAUAGCAAGUAUUUCCAACUCUCCUCGAGACUGGAGAGCUAUCACAUAUACCAACCAAGUUGGCAUGACAGAAGAGGAGAUGAAAGACAGAGGUGGAGUUGAAACUAAGGACUGGCACAGGAAAUCCAAAGAGGCAGACAGGCAGUAUGAAAUCCCACAGCCACAUAGACUCUCUAAACAACCAAAAGAUGCUUUCUUGAUUGAACAAGUCUUUAGUCCUCAUCCCUACCCUGCAUCACUCAAGUCACAUAUGAAAAGCAACCCACUCUACACAGACAUGAGGUUGACAGAACUGGCUGAAGUUAAACGUGCCCAGCCAUCAUGGACCAUAGAAGAAUAUACCAGGAACUCAGGAGAUAAAGGCAAGCUUGCAGCUUUGGAUCUACAAACUCAAGAAUCUUUAAAUCCAAACAACUUAGAAUACUGGAUGGAAGACAUUUAUACUCCAGGCUAUGAUUCCUUAUUAAAACGCAAAGAAGCUGAGUUCAGAAGAGCAAAAGUCUGCAAGAUAGCUGCCCUGAUUGCGGCUGCAGCUUGUACAGUUAUCCUGGUCAUUGUGGUUCCCAUUUGUACUAUGAAAUCAUGAAUCUGUGGACAGCCCCAUGAAUUCCAACUGUGUAUAUACAUUCCAGAUAUUUCAUUAUGUAUUUUAAACACCUUGUGGCAAAAUUGUAACAAUUUGCUGGGGAAGAAUGUGCUGAGAUAUCUGGUGAAUAGUGUAAAUGACAAAGAUAAAUUUUUGAAGAGUAUUCUUUUAAAUAACAAAACACCUGGCAGAGUUAUGGUAACUCAGUUCAAAUUUUAGAAGUGUGUUCCCCCCCCAGAGAAUCAAUAAAUCAUUUUACAAAAUUGGAAACUGAUGGGGAUCCAGACAAAAGAGGAAAGUUGUCUCAGCUGUGUGGCAUUUAAUGAAGAUAUGGAUACUUGGCAUUUGCACUGUAUAGAGGGGAAUGUGCUAUAUGCAUUUCAUUAGGGAGCCAAGAGAAAUAUUAAAGCACUCUACAAUGUGAAAAAAUAUGAAUGUAUUUUAUUUGCUUUGUAGUAUUUAUGUAUUCCUUGAUCAUUUGAUUGAAAGCAGAUUGUGUGAUCAUGAAAGCAGCUCAUUCCUAUGUUCAGAUUCAAUGAGGGCUCUUUAUUACCUGGUCUUGCCCUGAGACCCGUUUUAUUAUCACUGAGUACUUAGGUGAAGUGCCAUGUGCUGCAGACCAAAAAGAUUAUGUUUUAAAGCAAUCAACAGAGGUUUCAGUGGCUUACAUUGGAAUAACAUUUGUGAAGAGUUGGCAAAUGCUCCCUGCCAAAAGGGUAUUCUUUACCUCCACAGACAAUGAAAAUGUCUUGAUUUCACUCCUUCCAGCCAACUGAACUGGCAAAUCCAAGUGACACCUAUUGCUCUGUUGCGGUUCUUGCGAAUGUAAUCUGAACAGUUAUAAUUUUGUCACAAGUCUUCGUGCCUUUUAGAAUGUAGAUUAAUAGAAUUGAUUAAUUUUGAUAUUUUUAAUCCAUAAUAUAAAUCACAGCAUAGUAGGUAACCAAUUUGGAUUAUUUUCAACACGCCUUCUUUACAGGUUUGAGUGCUUACCAAAUAGCAGGCUACUGAGCACUUAUAUUAAGGGCACAGUUUUUCAGCACUAGUGGAAACUUGCUAUUAAUGCAAUACAUUCUACACAGGGGUUAUUUAGCUUCAGUAUGAAUAUUGAACUUAAAGAAUAACAUUGUGACUCUAUUGUACAGCAAGCGGUCUACUUGGUCAGCAUGUCCUGCCAGAAACAUUGAUUUAAUGCUUUAGCCUGAAUCAGGGCUACAGGUUAAGGGAAGACUCAAAUUAUGACCUAAGUAGCCUAUUUAACCCAUGCCUAAAGAAAACAAAUACCUGUACAAUAUUUCUCUUGAGUCAGAUAGGAAUAAAUAGACAUUUUAAAAGCUCUUUUCAGGAAAUAACAUGAUCCUGCCCUUCCUAUUUUAAAAAGAGGAAACUUUUCUUAAUGAACACCCAUAAAUAGGAUACUUUGAUUUAUUUAGAAGCAGUUCCCAACCUGGUUAUGCAGGUGUGCCACAUUGCUCAUCGCUGGUGGGUAUUUCAGGUGUGCCACUCCCUCACCUUUCACCUUUGGUGGUUGAAAAAAGUGAAUGAAAAGCUGAGUGGGAAGAGAAGAUAUAUGACCAUUUUAAAUUUGCAUCAGUUCCUCCUCCUCGUUGGAGAACUAUUCAUGCACUAUGUUUUAUUUAUGGAUAGGAGACAUCAGCCACCAUUGAUCUUUCAGCAAAAAAAACACGAAUUUCUUAUAUAUGAUUGGGUGUCACAUCCAUGUAUAUCUUAUAAAGAUCAGCCCCUAAUCUUAGUCUUGGAUCUGCACAACUCUGAAUUUUGCAGGAGUGCAGAUCAUGAUCCAAAUGUUCUGGUUUGGGCCCUUUUCUAAUAUCAAACUUCUUCCUUGGACUAAGGUGCUGCUAGAUGGAGACAGUGUGGUAACAGAGGGCUGCAUUUUUCAUUGGGUGGUAUCUAGACAUUAAAGAUUCAUGUUAAAAAGUGAUAAUUUAGAAACCACAGCAUUUUUAACAGUAUUACCAGCACUGUUACAAAUCUGGCUAAGAGCUAUUGUCUUAAAAUAAUUAACAUAAUGCAAUGAGCCCUGACAUGUUUUACCCAGCAUCCGAUUCCGUAAGUACAGCAAUUCAUGGCAGGUGGAUCCAUAAAGUCCUACAUAGAGAAUAUACGUUAGGUGAAAUUUUGACCGUACUGACCUGCAAGAAUAUGGUGGUCAAUCUUGUGAACCAGUUACCACACUAGUAUAUGCUGUAUACUAUAUGAUAGACUUUUGUAUUUAAAAAUAUUAAAGAUAUAGGUACAUUGUAAUCCUUGGUGUAAUUGAAUAAAGUGUACUAGACAGUGUUACUCAAUUAAAAUAACGAUGAACAUAUUGAGCUGUUUUUCGUAUUUAUGCCUUAUAAAUAAAAUUGUUAUAUACAUUA